UUGUGCAUCCGUGAAUAUUCAGUGACAGACCCUAUACAACUUAUCUGUAGAGAGAGCAAAUCCUGUACGCACAAUGGAAAACGACGAAGACGAUUUGAAGAAAAGACCUUCAGAGGAACUUUUGUCUCCAUCAUUUUCACCAGCCAAGCUGAAGUUCCCAAAGCAUAUUCACACACCAAUGGAUGAUAAGUUUAAAGAACUUGCAGACAAAAUAUUCAACCGUAGUGUUGAAGGACAGGUGCCCUUUAACGAGGUUUCUGCCCCAUAUGAAUUAGGCAGUUAUCCCAUAGAACAGAAUGAGACUAAGAAUUAUUUUGAGAGACAGUACAGUAGAAGGAAAUUAAACCUGAACAUACCAAAGGAAUCUGAGGGAUGUUUUGCAUCAGAUCAUCAGCUAGUUAAUGAGAGUGAGGAUGGUAAAAAUGGUUCUGCACGGAGCCAUGAGCGUGACAAUGGAGGACAUGCCCCAAUUAAUCGGGUGCCAAGCACGGACGUUGAAAAUGUAUUUAUGGAGUUUCCUGAGGUACAGGAGGAAUAUGACCUCGCUCCUGAUUUCCAGAGAAUUAGCAUCAGUGGGGAGGAUACGAGUGGGGUUCCCCUGAAGGACUUGGAGCAGGCCUCCAAGAGUUUAGUGAAGGCUCUGAUGAUCCGGGAGAAAUACAUGGCCAUGUCACAUCAGAGUUUCCCAAACAUCACUGCCAGAUUUCUACAGAACCUUGAAGACAAAGAGGACUUUCACGGCAUCAAGGAAGGGUACGGCUGUACCAAUGUCAAGACUGCAGAAGAGAAGGACACGGCCAUGUUUGUGUCGUGGCCAUGCACCGCUGCUGACCAUCCAAUCAACCCACCGCCUAUGUCUGGAGACCCUUUCCACAUUAAAGUGAUACCAGAGAAAGUUGGCUGUGUCAUUAAGAUGAAAGAUGGGGUGCCUUAUGUUUAUAAAGACCAAGACGCAUUCGAGAGACAAGAGCCGUUUGAAUGGCCGUAUCCUGAUGUGGAAAGUUUUGUUGCCGAUCAAAACAUGAUGUAUGCUUUCAUCAGUGAUGGCCCUUUGAAGUCAUUUGCCUAUCGACGUCUGAGUUACCUGUCUGCAAAAUAUCAGCUGCAUAUUCUGCUGAAUGAACUGAAAGAAUCAGCUGCACAGAAAGAGGUUCCACAUCGCGAUUUCUACAACAUACGUAAGGUGGAUACCCAUGUACAUGCAUCUUCCUGCAUGAACCAGAAACAUUUGUUACGAUUCAUCAAGAAAAUGAUUCGCACACGUUCUGAAGAUGUGGUUUGUUUGGAUAAGGACAAAAAAGAAAUGACCUUGAAACAGGUUUUUGAGAGCCUUGAUCUGGAGCCAUAUGAUUUGAGUGUAGACAAGCUGGAUGUGCAUGCAGACAGGAACACUUUCCACAGAUUUGACAAAUUCAAUGCCAAGUACAACCCAAUCGGGCAGAGCCGUCUGCGUGAAAUCUUCAUCAAGACUGACAACUAUAUUAAUGGGAAAUACUUUGCACAUGUCAUAAAGGAAGUAAUGGAAGACCUAGAGGAAAGCAAGUAUCAGAAUGCUGAGUAUAGGCUGUCCAUAUAUGGGCGUUCUAGGGACGAAUGGGACAAGUUAGCCAAGUGGGCUGUGGAACACAAAGUGUACUCGGACAACGUCAGGUGGCUCAUUCAAGUCCCUCGACUGUAUGACGUGUACAGAAGCAACAACCUGGUACAGAACUUCCAAGAUAUCCUUAACAACAUCUUCAUGCCGUUGUUUGAGGUGACAAACGACCCAGCCUCACAUCCAGAGUUGUUUGCCUUCCUUCAUCACGUAUCUGGAUUUGACUCGGUAGAUGAUGAAUCGAAGGCAGAACACAUUAAAUUUGACCCUGACACCCCACUGCCCGAGGACUGGACACAAAAGGAUAAUCCCCCAUACAAUUAUUAUCUCUUUUUUAUGUAUGCUAACAUUACCGUGCUCAAUCAGUUUCGCAGAUCGCGUGGAAUGAGCAUGUUUCACCUGAGACCUCACUGUGGAGAGGCAGGCAACAUCACACAUCUUGUUUCGGGAUUUAUGUUGGCUGAGAACAUCUCUCAUGGUCUCAUGCUCAGAAAGGUACCUGUGCUGCAGUACCUUUACUAUCUUGCUCAGAUAGGCAUUGCCAUGUCACCGCUUAGCAACAACUCUCUUUUCCUGAACUACCAUCGUAACCCACUUCCGGAAUAUUUUGCCCGUGGACUCAAUGUCUCCCUGUCCACUGAUGACCCACUGCAGUUCCACUUCACAAAGGAAGCAUUGAUGGAAGAGUACAGUAUUGCUGCCCAGGUGUGGAAACUUAGUUCUUGUGAUAUGUGUGAGAUAGCCAAAAACAGUGUCCAGAUGAGUGGGUUUGGACAUGAUGUGAAGAAACACUGGCUGGGCUUAAACUAUACAAAGGAAGGCGUGGCAGGAAAUGACGUCAGUCGGACAAAUGUGGCAGACAUUCGCGUUGCAUAUCGGUAUGAGACGCUCAUUGGAGAACUGGAAUGCAUCUGGAAAGGCUCCAUGUCAUAUGAUGAGUCACUCGGCAAGGAAAAUUAGACACAAAUUUGUAGAUGAUUAAGAAAAGUUAUAUUUUGACUGUUUUGUGAAGUUUUUAUGAAAGCAGAAUUUUCUGUUACAUAUUUGUGUUUUCCUUGAAAACUUAUUACCACGUAAACAGAGUGCACCUAGAAGUGUAUUUCAUUCCACCCAUUGACGGAGGAAAGGUGGUGGGAAUGAGGUAAUUUUUUCAGCAUUGGCUUUAGACCGGUCCCUGUCUGUUUCCAAGUUUACACAGUGUUUAACAAAUAUGUUAGAUUUUUGAAUUAGUUUGCAUUUUCAAAAUAGAUUUGAUUUGGUUGAAUAUUGUUGAAAAUUAAAAAUUGAUUUAGCACUAUGAAUAAUUCAAUCCUGAGGGCAUUUGCAUGUGUUUUUUGUAAUGUCUAAGCAAUUUACCUAUGUAUGUGUGCUGUGUUGUAUAAAAACUGACAACAACAUAUCAAAAUUUCAUGUGGUGUAAACCAUAUUUAGGUCAGGCUAGGUUGAACAAGGACAUGUUUUUUGAUAAAUUCAAGUAAAAUUCCCUUUGUUGGUGAUUUUUGAUAAAGUUUAGUGCAAAGAAGUCUUAGAAAACUUCCAUUAUCAUCUUUUAAUCAAAUAUCAAGAUGUUAAACUUGAUCAAUUUUAAAAAAAAAUAAUUGACUAAUUGUGUAUAUAAUCAGAAAACUAGUUGUAUUGCCAUGUGAACAACAUAUAUAUAAAAAAAUAUUAAUAUAUCCCAGUAUUGUUUGAGCCAGUUACAAUCUCUAAAGCUUUAAGAUCAAAUUUAGGUCAGAUUGUCUAAUUCAUUAUGUGAAAAUAAUUAUUUAUCUUUCAGUUUAAAUAUUAAACAGAGCUAUUUUUACUUUAAAUGUCUCAUUUUGAAACAAGUUUUUUUGUAGAUCAUUUAGUGAUAAUUAUCUGUUUGUUUUUAAGAUUUUAUUGCAUUUAACUUACUAUGAGAUAUAUGUGUUUAGAGUAUGUGUGUAACUUACUAUGAGUUAGGUGUGUUUAGAGUAUGUGUGUAACUUACUAUGACCUAUGUGUGUUGAGGGUAUGUGUGUAACUUACUAUGACCUAUGUGUGUUGAGGGUAUGUGUGUAACUUACU